AUCUAUAUCGUCUGCUGUGAGACAGGAGUUGUCAACACCACGCGCCCCCUUAAAAGCGCUCAUGUGAACGAAGCAGUAAUUGGUCGUUCUCCGAGUUCUUCUGUUCGACAAACAGCGCUCAGACAUAAUGGAGGUACUGACCGUCGACGAAGAUGUGGAGAAAAACUACAUGCCUUCCCAAUGGUCGCCGGGUCUCAAAGGAGUCGCUCGGAUGCAAAGGUUCCUCCACCUAUGCGAGAUCCAAGGUCAUCACAACAACCUGGUCUCCCCGGUGGAACACGUUUCUUACGGUCCGGACGAGCGUCAAGGCUUGAACAUCAUGCGAUGCGGUACCGACGAGACGGUACUCGUGUUCGUCCACGGAGGCUUCUGGCUCGAGGGCGACCGGCACAUGCACAAUUUCAUCGCACACGGACUCCAUCUCCACAACAUUACGGCCGUAACUCUUGGGUACAGGUUGGCCUCGCCGGGGUCAGGGCUCGACCAUUGCGUCGAGGACGUUGUCAGAGGCGUCGAGAAAGUACAGGAACUGUUCCCGAGCAGUUCGAUUCUCUUGUCAGGUCACAGCGCCGGUGGUCAUCUGAUCAUGGUAGCCCUUCCUCGGCUCAGUUCUCUUCGGGGCAUCCGCAAAGUUUUCUGUGUUUCGGGUGUCUACUCGAUUCAGGACGUCGCCAAUACGACUGUUGGAGUACAGAUCGGAUUCAAUAGUGAUCAGGUCGAAAAAUUCACUGUCUCACCGCACCCGUGCUACGACCAGAUCGAGCUGCAUCUUAUCGUAGGCCAGUUCGAUCCACCAGCUUUCAGAAAACAGGCAGAGAAAUUCGCACAUCGCUUGGCCCGGAAGGGUUUCCGGAAAAGAGCAGUUCUUGUGAUUCCGGGGGAGGAUCAUUUCAGCAUAGUCGAGAAUCUGUUCUACGAGAAGUCACCGCUCACGAUGUGUUUCGCUGGACGGUAUGAAGCCCGGAAAAAGCGUUCCAAGCUGUGAUAUUGAUGAAGAGAUCGUGAAGCCCGACGCCGAUCUGAUUCUUCGUCGAGAAUGUGAGAAAAUGAGAAAUGUCCGUUCGAUUAUAAAACUCGGUGUAGUUCAUCGACGGAAAGUAAAAACAUCAUACCC